GUGUGCUGUGCAGUUUGCCAGAUCUCACAGUAAUGUUACUCAAUCAACCAGAUAAGCAAACGUUUAGGGCGGUCGAAUGUAUAUUACGGUGGCUAGAUGUUGCAGAGCUCGCUGACGCAAAGCUACAUUUUAAUGGCAGGGCGAAGUUUUGUUUCAGUCCAGGGGCCGCUUUAAUCAGUCUGUGACAUUUGGACUAGUUUGACAAGCCACGGCACUGGCACUGUGCUGAUACUGACUGGACUGGAAUCAUUUGUUUUGACUUCAUCUCUUUCCACAACGGCCUAGCGAAGGCUCCUAUUGUAUAACUUUAAAGAAGAUAAACAUGAGCUUUCUUUUUGGCAAUCGGUCUUCCAAGACCUUCAAGCCCAAGAAGAACAUCCCAGAGGGAUCUCACCAGUAUGAGCUGUUGAAACAUGCAGAGGCUACACUGGGCAGUGGGAAUUUACGCAUGGCUGUCAUGCUGCCUGAUGGGGAAGACUUGAACGAGUGGGUGGCUGUCAACACUGUAGAUUUCUUCAACCAGAUCAACAUGCUCUAUGGUACCAUAACAGACUUCUGCACUGAAGAGAGCUGUCCUGUCAUGUCUGCUGGGCCCAAAUAUGAGUAUCAUUGGGCAGAUGGAACCAACAUCAAAAAGCCGAUCAAAUGCUCAGCUCCCAAGUACAUUGAUUACCUAAUGACCUGGGUGCAGGACCAGCUCGAUGACGAGACACUCUUCCCAUCUAAGAUAGGUGUCCCGUUCAAGCGGAACUUCAUGUCGGUGGCUAAGACCAUCCUGAAGCGCCUGUUCAGGGUCUACGCCCACAUCUACCACCAGCACUUUGACUCUGUGAUGCAGCUGCAGGAGGAGGCCCACCUAAACACCUCCUUCAAACACUUCAUCUUCUUUGUUCAGGAGUUUAACUUGAUUGAAAGGAAAGAGCUGGUCCCACUACAGGAUUUGAUUGAGAAGCUGACCACCAAGGACAGAUAAACCCAGGCUGACUGAUCAUUUUAACUCUGUGAUAGUCUACUAUUCUUUUUGCACAGAUACCCCUUCUGCCCUGCCCUGGCCUAUAUGUAUACAGCAUACGCUAACUUUGCGAACAUGUUCUCUAGAAAGCCAGGUAAGUAAAGGAAGAGUCUUGCACUGUUAUAGGCACUAGGGUAAUACUAUGGGGGAGUUCUAUACUACUGUCUGAGCCGGUAUGUGCUCUAUAGUUGGAUGUACUAUGUGGUUUUAAUUUGGACGGAUCCCUAAAACUGAAAUAACUAUGUAUUGACAUCCUCUGUGUGUUGUAUAUUUACAGUGACAGCCAAAAGUUUGGACACACCUACUCAUUCAAGGGUUUUUCUUUAUUUUGACUAUUUUCUACAUUGUAUAAUAAUAGUGCAGACAUCAACUAUGAAAUAACACAUGGAAUCAUGUAGUAACCAAAA